AUGAAGCUUUCUGCCGUUCUUUCUACCUUGAUGGUAGCCGGCCUGGUUGCCGCUGCCCCUCCUGCUCCACGUCCUACUGAUCUCCAACCUCAUCAUCCCCCCAACCCUCCUCCUAACGCCCCUCUUCCCAGACCCCACGACAACAACAAGCGUGACGGGCCAAAGCCUCCGAAGGAUGAGCCUAAGCCUGACGUACCUAAGCCCAAGAAGGCUCCCCAACCUCACAAUCAGCCCAAGCCCAAGCCUCACAAGGAGGGCCCCGCUCCCAAGGAUCCUAGGCCUCCGCAUGGGGACAACCACAAGCGCGAUGGUCCGAAACCUCCUAAGGACCAGCCGAAGCAUGACAAUGGUCCGAAGCCGAAGCCGAAGCCCCAGCCGAAGCCCCAGCCCAAGCCUCACGACGACAAGCCGCACAAGGACCGCAAGCCGCAGAAUCAGCCUAGGCCCAACUAG